AUGGCUGGCCCGUCGACUUUUCUCCCUCUCCCUACUUCCUCGCAUUCCGUCUCCUCCUGCUCCUCCUGCUCCUCCUCCUCCUCUUCCAACAACCUCGAUGCCGAAGUCACGAAGGGCAGAACGCGCGAAGAACUGGGAGGACCACACUCUGGGCACCUGAACGAGGCACACGACACCACCCCGGAAGAUAACAACUAUAAUUACAUUGCACGCGACAGCAGCGCCGACGACUGGGACAGAGCCUGGGAUCAAGAGGACGACGGCUUUGAGGAACAGCGGCAUGCAUUUAGAAACGCAGCUCCUACACAAGAUCCGGAAAACAUGUCGAGCUGGUCGGGCACACCCUCCAUCAAGGGGAGCACCGAGACGGUGCGGAUGAUGUUGCUGACCCUGAACUCGAUUGGAAUCACCUUUACCUGGGGCGUCGAGAUGACGUACUGCACGCCAUACCUCCUCUCCCUCGGGCUCUCCAAGGGCCAGACCUCCCUCGUCUGGAUCGCCGGCCCCCUGUCAGGACUGAUCGUGCAGCCGAUCGUAGGCGUCAUCGCGGACCAGUCCAAGUCCAAGUACGGCCGCAGACGGCCGCUCAUCGCGAUAUGCUCCGUCCUCGUCGCCAUCGGGCUCCUGGUCCUCGGCUUCACCAAGGAGAUCGUGGCCGCGCUGGUGCCGGACCCCCCGACCGCCAAGUACGCGACCAUCGGCCUGGCCGUGCUCUCCCUCUACGCCACCGACUUCGCCAUCAACGCCGUCAUGUCCUGCUCGCGGAGCCUCAUCGUCGACACCCUGCCCAUCACCAAGCAGCAGGCCGGCGCCGCCUGGGCCAGCCGGAUGGCGUCCAUCGGCACCGUCAUCGGCUACGGCACGGGCGCCGUCGACCUCGUCAAGACCCUCGGCACGACCCUCGGCGACACGCAGUUCAAGCAGCUGACCGUCAUCGCCGCCGCCGGCAUGCUCGCCACCUCCUUCCUGACCUGCUGGGCCGUCACGGAGCGCGUGCUCCUCGUCUCCCGGCCCGACCGGCACUCCUCGGCCGCCGGCCCCCCGAGGCGCUUCAAGGUCGUCCGCCAGAUCUGGUCGACCCUGCUGACGCUGCCGCCCCGCGUGCGCGCCAUCUGCUGGGCCGUCUUCUGGUCCUGGAUCGGCUGGUUCCCCUUCCUCUUCUACAGCAGCACCUGGGUCGGCGAGACCUACUUCCGCUACGACGCCCCGCCCGACGCCCGCACCUCGGGCGACGCCCUCGGCGAGAUCGGCCGCGUCGGCAGCGCCGCCCUGACCGUCUACUCGGUCGUCACCUUCCUCGGCGCCUGGCUGCUGCCCCUGCUCGUGCGCGGGCCCGACGACCAAGGCUUCACGCGCCGCCCGCCCGAGAGCAUCCGCCCGCUCGUCGAGCGCCUCGGCGGCCGCUUCGGGAGGCCCGACCUCGUCUCCGUCUGGCUCGCCUCCAACCUCGUCUUCUCGGCCGCCAUGUUCCUGGCCCCCUGGGCCACGAGCUUCCGGCUCGCGACCUGCCUCGUCGCCCUGUGCGGCGUCCCCUGGACCAUCUUCAUGUGGGCCCCGCCCGCCCUGCUCGGCGUCGAGGUCAACAAGAUGACGGGCGGCGGCGGCGGCGGCGACGCCGGCUCAUACCGCCGCCUAUCGACGGGCUCCAACAUCGAGAUGGGCCCGGUCGACGGCGACACGGAAUCUUCCGGCGGCGGCGGCGGCGGCGGCGGCGACGCGUCGAGCGAGCUCUCGGGCGUCUACUUUGGCAUCCUCAACAUCUACAGCACCCUGCCGCAGUUCAUCGGCACCUUCAUCAGCACCUUGGUCUUCGCCGUCCUCGAGCCGGGCAAGAGCCCCGAGCUGUCGGAGGACACGCCGCCGCCGCCGCCCAGCGCCGCCGCCGACGGGCCCAACGCCAUCGCCGUGUGCCUCUUCAUCGGGGCCAUUGCGGCCCUGGGCUCGGCGCGGGCCACGAGGAAGCUCAAGAGCAUGUGA